AUGAUGAUUACUAUGGUGACCCUGAUCAGAGAUCAGAGUAGUGGCGGUUCCGACGUAUCGACUUCUUCAUCUACUACAGCAAAAGAAGCAGUAACACCGCCAGCAACGCCUUCAGCUCAGGACCAAAAUAAAGACACAGAUCAAACACAAGUACAGAGUGGUGGUGAUUCCGACGUAUCGACUUCUUCAUCUACUGCAACAAAAGAAGCAGUAACACCACCAGCAACGCCUUCAGCUCAGGACCAGAAUAAAGACACAGAUCAAACACAAGUACAGAGUGGUGGUGAUUCCGACAUAUCAACUUCUUCAUCUACUGCAGCAAAAGAAGCAGUAACACCGCCAGCAACGCCUUCAGCUCAGGACCAAAUAAAGACACAGAUCAAACACAAGUACAGAGUGGUGGUGAUUCCGACGUAUCGACUUCUUCAUCUACUGCAGCAAAAGAAGCAG